AUGGUGAAGGCUGAGUCGCUGGGAACAGGCGCAGCUUUGCUCUCAAGCAUUCAAGAGUGGCUACGACACGGACGUCAGUGUGGCGAACGCAUUGGUGGACAUGCUUGCAGCAGUCUAGCAGGGAAGACAGAUGAGGAGGCACUCGAGAAAGCCGUGGGAAUUCACGCUCGGGCGGCCAGCUUUGAAUUCGACUCGGACACUUUUCUAGCCAGCGCGCUCGUCAGCUUCUACGCCAAGUGUGGAAGCAUCCGGGACGCCUGGAAGGUGUUCCAAAAGGUGCGCCUUCACGACGCGGUGUCAUGGACUGUGAUGAUACUCGGGCUCGCCGAAAGUGGUCAGGGGGUGCUUUCCCUGCAACUCUUCCAUCGAAUGCGAGCACAGGGAUACAAAACCGACGCGCCAACUUUCGUGGCUGCUCUCAAAGCUAGCAGCAGUGUGGGAGCCUUGGAGCCUCUGAAGGGAAUUCAGGCAGAUAUCUCCAGGUGUGGACUCGAGGACGAUCCCGUUGUCGCGAACGGCGUCGUCGAUGGCUAUGGAAAAGCCGGGGCCGCAGCGAAGGCACAGCUGGUCUUCGAGUCCCUGGAGAAACCAGACGCGGUUGCCUGGACGUCCGUGAUAGCAGCACACAGCCGUGACGGGGACACGCGAAUGCCAUGGCGGGCUUGUCCACCAAGCGAAGCGCUACUUCAAGGAGAUGAGUAUGGAGUUCGUCCCGGGGCCGAGCACUACCACUGCAUGGUGGACGCUCUCGGCCGCGCAAACGAGCUGGAGGAAGCGGUGGAGAUGGUGGAAGCCAUGCCUUGCGAGGCGAGUGGUGUUGCUUGGAGAACGGUGCUGGGCGCUUGCAAGAAGUGGAAGAAUGCGGCGGUCGGGAGGCUUGCUUUCGAUCGGCUGGUUGAAGUGGAGGCGAGGCACGAGGCGGGGUAUUUGUUGAUGGAGGCGAUCUACGCGAGCAGUGGCAUGAGGGAGGAGCAAGCUCAAGUUUAG